ACUCUUGUCCCUUGCUGCUCAGGAAAUGUCCUCACUUUCAGAAUAUGCCUUGCGCAUGAGUCGGCUGAGUGCCCGGCUAUUUGGUGAAGUGGCCAGGCCUACUGAUUCCAAAUCCAUGAAGGUGGUGAAACUGUUUAGUGAGCAGCCUUUGGCCAAGAGGAAGGAGACGUAUGACUGGUAUCCAAAUCACAACACUUACUUUGCGCUCAUGGGGACGCUACGUUUUCUUGGCCUCUACAGGGAUGAGCAUCAGGAUUUUAAGGAUGAGCAGAUGCGUCUAAAGAAGCUUCGUGGAAAGGGGAAACCAAGGAAGGGAGAAGGGAAAAGAGCAGCAAAAAAGAAAUAGUGUUGGUCCAUCAGGAGAGAAAACUUCUUCCUCAGCAACUGAGCGCAGAAGAAAGUGUAUUUACUAUCUUUCCCAUAUUGGAGGAGUAUAAGCUUCCUAAAUUGAAGAUUAUUUGGAGGAACACAGUCAUCUCGGUGUUGAAGUCUAAUCCAAUUGACUUGUGCCUGGUUUCUUGGACACAUUCUAAUUCUGCACAAUUAUUUUGGCCUUGGUUUUGUAAUCUGAGGUUUGCCUCAUUCCCUAAAGAAACAAAUGCAUGAA